AAUGUACAUUUGUCACAAUUGUAAUAUAUUUAAUUUUUUUAAUAAUAUUAUGAUAGUUUGUUAUAUACAUACAUACAUAUGUAUGUUAUGAAGUAUACAUAUAAGUAUGAUUUGAUAUAUUCAAAAAAUAAUUAUAAAAUAGGCUUUAUUUUCACAUUAACAAAGAUAGAGUGUUUAUGUUCGCUUUCGCGAAUUCAAAUCAUAUAAUCACUUAUCAAUAAUAACAUGUGCGCGCUGCUCAUGUGUACAUACAUAAAUAUGUGCGUAUGACAUUGGCACACAUACAACAUAUGUACAUACUUACAUAUAUGCGUUCACAUGUAGAUAUGUCACCCGCAAAAACUACAAACAUUGCUUUACAAAAACAACAAUCGUUUGAAAUAGCAUCAGCAGCGUCACAAGUCAAUAUGGCAGCCAAAUAUGUAGUCGCACGCAUCUUUCGCAUCUCCGUUGUCAAGAUCAACCAAUGGCCGAAACUGGCGUCUUGUCAAAGAGUCAAGUGCUGAACACAUUGAGUGCGACAGACUGUUCUGUCAAAUAUUAAAAUACACACGUUCUUAUGGACACAGUUAUGUAGUUGUGCAGCUGCCUCAAUAACUGUGUCCCUAAGAACGUGUGUAUUCUAAUAUUUGACAGAACAGUCUGUCGCACUCAAUGUGUUCAGCACUUGUGUGAUGAUAGAAAAUCCAAGCUGUGCCGAAAAAAAUAAACGAAUGGCCGCCUAUUGACCGCUCCCCUUGCCGCUGUAACAGCUUCGCCGACAAACUAGCGUAAAUAUGUAUGCAUAUGUAUGAGCUUGCAUACAUAUCGACGCAGAUUUUUGCGAGUCACGGAAAAAUAUUUUAGACAAAUAUUAUAAAUCGACAACUCCUAUGUUGCCACUUUUGUCACUUCUUUCUGUGAAGAAUCAUCAGAAAGUUGUUCAAUUUAUGAUUUUUAGCUUUUGCCAUCGUCGCGAAAAGACGCUUGUUGGCAAAGGCAUGCUCGGGGAGAUGUUACGGCGUCUGUUUUUAAGAAUGAAGCGAGGUCGUUUGUGGAAUAUGCGCCUGCGUUUAUGAAUGAAAUCGUUUUUGUUGUAAAAUUUGCUACAUUUGGGCUUAGCCAAUUCGGCUGCCAUAUUGACUUGUGAUCCUUACGCUGUUUGAGAUGAGUGUUGUUUUUGUAGAACAAUGAUUAAAUUUUUUGUUGGUGACAUAUUCACAUGUGUACGCAUAUGUAUGUAUGUUUGUAUGCUUGUGCAUUAUUUGUUCGGAAGUGUAUACAAAUAUAUGUACAUAUAAGUAUAUAUGAAUAUAAGUUAACACAAAACAUAUUUACGUUCUCACCAAACAUAUUUACAUUUCUUGAUAAUUAUUACGAAACGUAUAAGCAUAUUUUUGCUAUACUUUCGCUGACCAUCAUUUCCUGUUUACGACCCAAAUUCUGUUUAGCCCAUUUCCGAUCGAUGCACGCGCGACCCAAAAGUGCUGACAUAGCGUCUGCAUUGAAUGUACGGUCACAUUGCACUGCAUGUGAUGAUCGCUGCUCACACACUUUACUAAUUUUUAACAUAAGUUUUGAAUUUAGUCGUUAAGAAGUAGUCAAUAAGAAUAGAAGUUGGAUUAAGAAGACAUAGUCUUCCCGACAAAUAAUAAUUUAAGAAUAGAAGUUGGAUUAAGAAGACAUAGUCUUCCCGACAAAUAAUAAUUUAAGAAUAGAAGUUGGAUUAAGAAGACAUAGUCUUCCCGACAAAUAAUAAUAAAUAAACAAAAAAGUUAUAUUAUAAAAAUAAAAUUCUUUUUAAAAUAAAAAAAAUAAAAAGUAUUUUAUUAACUGGCGCCCGAGCAAAAGUCGCGAGAAUUUAAACAAAAAAUUUUUCGUGAAAACCCUUGCCUGUAGUGUCCGUCCGCAGGCAACCGCGCGAUAAAGUGUCGUUACCGAAUCCCGAGUAGCAACAUAAGCAAAAGGGACGAAAUUCGAGCGAUCGGUGCGGUAAAUAGAAAGAAAAAAAAAAACAAACAAACAAACAAAUAAUGACAUUCUUUUAAAAAAUUAAAUUAUGAGAAACAUUUUUGUGCAUAAAAAAGCAAACAGCAAGCAGCAAUAAAAACAAGCACAACAACAACUGGAGUAGUAACAAUAACCGCAGCAACAGCUACUGAAACAGCUACAACAACAACAACAACUGGAGUAGUAACAAUAACCGCAGCAACAGCUACUGAAACAGCUACAACAGCAACAACAACGUCAUUAAACCGCAACGAGAAAUUUCUGCAACAGCAACAGCAGCAAGUAAUAAAACAAUGCAGCAGGUCUACCUAAUAUUAUUCUUCCUAACUUGUGUGGCGACGGAGGUCCAAAUCUUGGAUUAUACGUCUUCAUACGUUAUCACGAUCAGUAGAGGUACAGCUAAAAUUCAGCAAGGAACUUUUACUAUUUUACAUCCAAUAGACCUGGCACAGUACGCAAUAUCCAUAUCCAACACCCAUACAUUUAUCCAACAAAACAUCCCAAAUCACCACAACCUAUAUCCUAUCCUGACCCACGAAUUAAGACUUACCGAAAAUAUUUUAGAAAAUAUAACACCCACUAUAAAAAAUAAAAGGGCAAUAAAUGCCAUAGGUACUAUUUGGAAGUACGUCGCAGGAUCACCAGAUCACGACGACUUUGAAAUAAUAGCUAAUAAUAUAAACGAUUUAAAUAAAAAUAAUAAUAAACAAGUUUAUGUAAACGAAGCUUUUAAUAAAAGAUUAAAUAACCUGACAAAUAUGGUAAAUAAAAUUUCAAAUGCCAUAAGAAAAGAUGUAUUAUUAGAAAACGAAAUAGUUAUAAAUUUACAAAACAGGGUAAGAUUAAUAAAAGACGAAUUGAUAAAUAUUCAAAAUGGAAUCGAAUGGGCAAAACUUGGAAUUGUAAACCCAUCAAUAUUAGACAAAAAAGAAAUCGAAAUUGCUUUAAGUAAAAUUAGAGAAGAAAACAUUAUGUUUGUGAGUCCCGAAGAUGCACUCCAAUUUGCUAAAGUAUCUGUCCUAUACAGUACUAAUAAAAAAAUUAUCUAUUUGAUUAAGGUUCCGUUAACAAAAAAGGAAACCUAUGAAAACAUAAUUUUAAGACCGGUAAAAAAGGAAAACUCUAUAAUUAAUUUAGAAUUUAAGCGAAUUUUAAAAAACGGAAAAACUAUCUAUGGUAUAGUAAAUGAUUGUGAAAAUUUUAAUAAUAUAAGAAUUUGUAAAGAUGAUCAAAUAAAGAAUAUUUCAGAUACAAAAUGUAUUCCUAAUCUUAUAAGUAGUCAAAAUUCUACAUGUGUAAUGAGCAAUAAUCAUCACAUCCCAUUAAUCGAAGAAAUCGAAUCUGGCGUUAUCCUACUAAAUAAUUACAACGCAUCUAUUUAUAUCGAUGAAACGAUGCGAAAUCUUUCUGGCACGUUCCUUAUUAAAUUUCAUAAUAGCACUAUUAAAGCUAACAAUACAAUUUUUAGUAACAUAGAGGCCUCACCUCUACAAAUGAUUCCUGCAUUAAUGCAGCCUACUCCUUUUGAAAGUGACCGCAUUAACUUACUAUCACUCGAAGCUCUCAAUGAAUUGCAGAUAAAUAAUACGGAGGUUAUUUCAACCAUUCAAAAACAUCUGAAAAUCGGAGGAUGGUCAAUUUCUGUUAUUCUUAGUCUAAUCAUCGUUUCCAUUGCAUGUUUGAAAUUUUUCCUCAGAAAUACCAAAGAAAUUACUGUUUGGGAAUCUCAAAUUCCACGCACUAGUCUAGAGCCCCAUACGGAAAUAAAAUUAUCAUCUUGUAUUGAUAUUCCCAAGCCAAUAGAAUUAGAAGCUCCUAGCAAACCACCAAGACUAAAUAAUAUCCCCUUUUUCUAAAAUGAUUGAGGACAA